AUGAGCCAGGACACGAUUACGACUGAUGUGGUCAUUAUUGGCGCGGGCCCUUGUGGGCUUUUCGCGAUCUUUGAAUUGGGCCUUCUGGACCUGAAGACUCAUGUGAUCGACAUUCUUGAUCGUCCUGGUGGACAGUGCGCUGAGCUUUAUCCUGAAAAGCCGAUCUAUGACAUUCCAGGUCUCCCAGUCGUGUCAGGGCAGGAGCUCACAGAUAAUCUGUUGGAGCAGGCCAAGCCCUUCGGUCCUGAAUAUCACUACAAUGAGAUGGUUGAGCAGGUUCAGAAGCUCGACAAUGGCAACUGGCAGGUAAAAACCGACGGUGGUCUGACAUUUGAAGCCCCUGUUGUUGUGAUCGCUGCGGGCGGCGGUAGUUUCCAGCCUAAGAAGCCACCAAUCCCAGGCAUUGAAGCUUAUGAAGGCACAUCGGUCUUCUAUUCUGUGAAGAAGAUGGAUGCGUUCAAAGGCAAGAACAUUCUCGUUUCAGGUGGCGGGGACAGUGCACUUGACUGGACGAUCAAUCUCCAGCCUAUCGCGGACAGCAUGCAGCUUAUUCACCGUCGUGAUGGUUUCCGAGCAGCACCUGAUUCCGUGAACAAAAUGCAUGCGCUUGUGGAAGAGAAAAAGAUGAUCUUCCACAUGGGGCAAAUCACUGAACUGCAUGGUGACAAUGGCCAGCUGGAAGGUGUGACCUACAAGUCGAAGGAGGGUGAGCUGACGAAGAUCGAAUGUGACACGCUGUUGCCGUUCUUUGGUCUCACGAUGAAACUCGGCCCAAUCGCUGAUUGGGGUCUUAAUCUCGAUGAGAACCUCAUUCCAGUCGAUACAGAGAAGUUUGCAACCAAUGCAGACGGUAUUUUUGCGAUCGGGGAUAUCAAUCACUAUCCGGGUAAGCUGAAGCUCAUUCUUUCUGGCUUUCAUGAAGCGGCACUGAUGGCUCAAGCUGCCAAGCGGAUCGUCGAUCCUGACGCAAAAAUCGUUUUCCAGUACACAACAUCGUCGUCGAACCUUCAGAAGAAGCUCGGCGUCGCCUAA